UCAUUCGACUGUCAUGUCAUGGUAAUAUCUUUUUUUUCUUGUUGUCCUCCUUUGUUUGUCCUUGCUUUAGUCGCUGGCGGCUAUUAUUCCUAUGUCAUCGAAUUUUGUCUCCUAUACCUCGUUGGAGUAACGAAGAAAAUUAUCUACAUCACCAUUUACCACUUCAUGCUAGUAAUGUUUACGUGGUCAUUCUUUAGCACAAUGUGCAGCGGCCACGACGACAUUCCCGAUGAAUAUCGCCUCACCCCCAGUGAAAAUGAGCGCCUGUUGUCUUACAAAGAAUAUGACGCAGAUCAGAUAUUGAAAAAGAUCGUUAAUCUGCGGAAACUAGAAAUCAACACAUGUGCUCCUAAUAGUCGAAUACGCUACUGCAAAGAGUGCACGCAAAUCAAACCAGACAGGACCCACCACUGCAGCUCUUGUAAAAGGUGCAUUAUGAAAAUGGACCAUCAUUGUCCGUGGGUAGGAAAUUGUGUUGGAUUCAACAAUUACAAACAAUUCGUUUUAACGCUGUUGUACGCCACGAUCUGGUGCACUUUCUACGUGGGUACUGUUGCUGAAUACAUAAUUGAAAUUUGGCGUGACAUUCAGAACAGCGUAAACAAAAUUAUACUCGGAACUGGGUUGUUGGUGAUAGGUUUGUCUGGCGUGUUGUCAUCAUUUUUAUUCUUCUACCAUGUGGGUUUGUUGACUCGGAAUGAAACUACACUAGAAUCACUGCGCGAAACCACAUUUAGGGAAGACAAUUUGACGUUCGAUUUAGGGAAGUGGAAUAACUUUGUUACAGUAUUUGGGGACAAUAUUUGUUGUUGGUUUAUACCAACUGACACCGCCAUAGGAAAUGGACACGAAUUCACAGUCAACCGUUUGAUUGGUUAGAUAGAAACAAACAAUGAAGAUGCUUUAAAAUUUAUUCA